AUGGCCUCACCCGCCGCCACCUCCGACGACCUCUCCACCUUGGGGAAGUCCUCCCUACGCCCGCAGCUGGACCUCCAGCCGCCGCAAGUACUACCAGAGAACUCCGGCAGCAGCGUCGAUCGGGCGGUGGCGGAUCUCCUCGCCGCGGCGUUCGGCGGCGACAUCCCCCGCGCGAGGAAGUCGGCGAAGAAGCUGGCCAAGGCCGGGAAGGGCGUGGACGAGGCGGUGGCGGCCGUCAGCGACCCGGAGAGCAAGCGCCACGGGCCGCUCCACCUGGGCGCCGCGGCGGGGAAGGUGGAUAUGUGCAAGCUGCUGAUCGAGGAUUUCCAAGCCAACGUCGACGCCACCGACGUCGAAGGUGCGACGCCCCUAGUUUUUGCAGUACAAGGUACAGGAUCUACAGCUGUUGUGAGCCUUCUUCUCAGUCAUGGAGCUGAUGCAAACAAAGCAGACAAUGGUGGAAUUUCUCCGCUCCAUAUUGCAGCAGAACGAGGAUUCUAUGAAGUAGCAGAGUUGCUACUGUCCAAAGGAGCUGAUGUUGAUCCCAUCUGUGAGAAUGGUGGAGCGCCAGUACACAUUGCUGCCAAAAUGGGGCAUGCAAAAGUGUUGAAGUUAUUGUUGCAGAAUAAAGCAGAUGCUGGUGUUGAUGUCAAUGAUGGUAGUCCUGUAACUCCACUAACAUUAGCUGCUGAUAAAGGCUUAACGGAGUUCAUCAAUUGUCUGCUGGAAGCUGGUGCUGAUGCAAAUAUUCCUAAUGAAAAUGGUACAAUGCCCAUAGAAAUUGCGGCACUGAAAGGAUGGGAGGAAUGCGUUAAGCUCCUUUUCCCUGUCACAACCCCUUUGCUUGAAUAUGCAGACUGGAGCACUGAUGGAAUAAUUCAGCAUGGGAAAACUGUACGCCUGCGCCAAGCAUAUAAGAUUAAAGCAGAAGGGGAUGCUGCAUUUCGGAAGAAGGAUUAUCUCCUCGCAUCGUCUCGCUAUACUCUAGCACUGGAAAUGGACCCCGAUGAUUCCACCAUGUACGCAAAGAGGAGCCUCUGCUUCCAGCGCAUGGACGACAAAGAGAGUGCCAUGGCUGACGCUAAGGCCUACAGAGACAUGCGACAGGACCUGCAGGAACCUUACUCCGAGGAGGAAGGAGCUGCUCUGAAGCUGGUUGAGGAGUACUGCAGGGGAAUCGAAGCGCUCAUGUCUGGCCUCAACUUGGGCCCUGAAAGCGGCCCGGCUGACAAGGGUUCUAGCACUAAAGCAGCAGCAGUAGCCGCAGCUGGGCCACCGGUACGUAGGUCUACCCGACAGAGGAAGCCCAACACGCGCUUCAGUGGGCCUGAAUGGGCUACCUGA